GGGCGCGCAGGUAGGAUCAUCUGAACCUUCUUCUAUUGCAGAACAUGAAAAUAGUUUACUUAAGAAUUUAUUUCAAGGCUGUGAAAGAUGGGUUCGUCCUGUGGAACACCUGAAUGACAAAAUAAAAAUAAAGUUUGGACUUGCAAUAUCUCAACUGGUGGAUGUGGAUGAGAAAAAUCAGUUAAUGACAACAAAUGUCUGGUUGAAACAGGAAUGGAUAGAUGUAAAAUUAAGAUGGAAUCCUGAGGACUAUGGUGGAAUUAAAGUUAUACGUGUCCCUUCAGACUCUGUCUGGACACCUGACAUCGUUUUGUUUGAUAACGCAGAUGGACGUUUUGAAGGGACCAGUACGAAAACAGUCAUCAGAUACAAUGGCACUGUCACCUGGACUCCACCAGCAAACUACAAAAGUUCCUGUACCAUCGAUGUCACGUUUUUCCCAUUUGAUCUACAGAACUGUUCCAUGAAAUUUGGUUCUUGGACUUAUGAUGGAUCGCAGGUUGAUAUAAUUCUAGAGGACCAAGAUGUAGACAAGAGGGAUUUUUUUGAUAAUGGAGAAUGGGAGAUAGUGAGCGCAACGGGGAGCAAAGGAAACAGAACCGACAGCUGUUGCUGGUAUCCGCAUGUCACUUACUCAUUUGUAAUCAAGAGCCUGCCUCUCUUUUAUACCUUGUUUCUUAUAAUACCCUGUAUCGGGCUCUCAUUUUUAACUGUACUUGUCUUCUAUCUUCCUUCAAAUGAAGGUGAAAAGAUUUGUCUCUGCACAUCAGUUCUUGUCUCUUUGACCGUCUUCCUGCUGGUUAUUGAAGAGAUCAUACCCUCAUCUUCAAAAGUCAUACCUCUGAUUGGAGAGUGUCUGGUAUUUACCAUGAUUUUUGUGACACUGUCAAUUAUGGUAACCGUCUUCGCUAUCAACAUUCAUCAUCGUUCUUCCUCAACACAUAAUGCCAUGGCACCUUGGGUGCGCAAGAUAUUUCUUCACAAGCUUCCCAAGCUGCUUUGCAUGAGAAGUCAUGCGGAUAGGUACUUCACUCAGAAGGAGCAAACUGAGAGCAGGAGCGGACCAGAAUCUUCUAGAAACACAAUGGAAGCUGCGCUCGAUUCUAUUCGCUACAUUACAAGACACAUCAUGAAGGAAAAUGAUGUCCGUCAGGUUGUUGAAGAUUGGAAAUUCAUAGCCCAGGUUCUUGAUCGGAUGUUUCUGUGGACUUUUCUUUUCGUUUCAAUUGUUGGAUCUCUUGGGCUUUUUGCUCCUGUAAUUUAUAAAUGGGCAAAUAUAAUAAUACCAGUUCAUAUUGGAAAUGCAAAUAAGUGAAGCCUCCCAAGGGACUGAAGCAUACAUUUAGUUAUCACACAUAUAUCUUAUGGCAUCUACAAAAUUAUGAAAAUGUAAGUUAUGUGUUAAAUUUGGUGCAAGCUAUAACAGAUUAAUAGUUGCCAACCUCAAUAUAUGUUAAUAGAUGAUCCAUUAGAACAGUUGCCUGUAUGAAUGAAUAACUGAUGAGAUAACAUUUGAUCUUCUAAAAAUAGCAGCAAAAUAUUAUCCAAACUGUGCUAGUGAAAAAUCUAGUAUUUGUAUCCUGGCGAAGAAUACUAAUUUGUAAUCAACAGUAAAGCUCAUCCUUUGACUGUGCUGGAAAAUUCCAGCUGUAUUUGAAGACUGAUUUUAAAACAUUUCUGCAUGUGGUAAAGGUACAUACACUUCCCUGUACUCACUGAGUAACAGCUAAUCUUUAAUAUUAUACUGCUAUAUUUAAAAAGCUGACUACUUGAUAUAAUAAUUACUUAAUGUGAUGCUGCUUUUCCAUAACCAACAUUUUUAAAAUAAAUGAAAAACAGGAACUGGGAA